AUGAAAGAUCGUCCUGUGUUGGCUGUUAAUGAUGUGACAUGUUCAGAUCGUUCAGAUAAUGACGCUUACACGGUAAGAAGGUAUCACAUUGUAUGACUGACAUGGCAGAAACCGGUGAUGGAUCGUGGGGACAUUUGGCAGAAACAGAACAUUUCGGUAGAGCUUGCACGAAAUACGUAUUAGUACCCAAGGCAGAUUUGGGUCUUCCGAAGUAUUGCGGAAGUACGCAUGCUGGACACUGUUUGAUAUUUUCCAGGACGGAAGAAAAAAUAUUUGGGAUAUACCAGGCGAGAGCUCUGAUUUUGAUGCAGUUGCGGUUUGAUGGGUAUAUGGGUUUUCCUGGUGGAAUUAUAAAUGAUGGAGAAGACAUUCUUUCUGGACUGAACAGAGAACUUUUUGAGGAGAUGAAUCUGGAUGUCUUGAAACACCCAGUUAAAGAAGACCACUAUGUCAUAACCCAUUGGUGUCCAAGCAAGAAACUGUUUUUGCAUUUUUAUGCCCUUGAAGUGUCCAUUGAUGAACUGAAGGUUAUUGAAGCAGAAGCAAUCAAAGCACAUGACUUUGGAACUGAGACAUUGGGUACAUUUCGACUACCUCUGUACACGAUGGGAGAUGGCUACAGAGGUUUUCCUGCAUUCCUGUCACAUUCAUAUGUGGGAAACGCUCGUGAGCAGUUGCUUUACACACUGCAACAUUUAUCUAUCAUGACUAGUGAAGAAAUUGAUAAAGUAGUAGGGGCAAGGCCUGUACAAAUGUCAAUAGAAGAGAACGAAGAAGAGACACAUAUGUAGAGAGUACCAGCUACAUCAGUGAAGCAGUGUAAAGAGUUAAUUCAAAAAUUCUGAAGCAUGGAGACACCUUGGAAGACUGCACAGAAGUGAAAGAAAGCUUAACUGCCUGUCUGAU